CAUGCUUCAAAGUUUAAAUUUUUUUAAAAAAAUUCAAAAAAAGUCACAAAUUUUUAAAUUUUCUACUGUCGCUGAGGAACUCUCGAGAUGGACCAAGAAAUUAUCUGCAGAAAAAAUCGCCGAACCGGAAUCGUCAAUGAGAAAUCUCAUGGCUCACGUCUUAAAAACACAAAAUUUGGGCGAAGUUGAUGCAAAAAUGGACCAAAAAAUGACUGAAAGUGAAAUUUCUCAAUUAGAAAGCCUCGUUUAUGCCCGAUUAGCGCACAUGCCGGUACAAUACAUCAUCAAAGAAUGGGAUUUUCGCCAAUUAAAAGGACUAAAAAUAAUUCCUCCCGUUUUCAUCCCGCGACCUGAGACAGAAGAGCUCGUUUCUUACAUCUCCGAAGACCUAAAACAACAAAAAAUGCAAAAAUUUAAAUUUUUAGAAGUCGGAUCGGGUUCCGGAGUCAUCAGUAUCUCGCUUCUUCGUGAAUUCCCAAGUGCCAAAGGUUUCUGUUUUGAUGUCAAUGAACUCGCAGUCGGCUUAACGCGAUAUAAUGCAGAGAAAUUUGGCGUUCAAGCAAGACUUACUGUCGAAAAAUUCAAGUUAACUGAUGAAAAUGUGCCUUUUACCGAACAGGAAUAUGACUUAAUCGUGAGUAAUCCGCCGUAUGUUUUCACACGUGAGUUGCAAAGGUUGGAGGAUGAUGUCAAGUUGUACGAAGACAUGCGAGCGCUCGAUGGAGGAGGCGACGGAUUAAAUGUGGUUAAUAAUAUUUUGAAAGUAGCGGAAAAAUAUCUCAGAAAAGAUGGUAGUUUGUGGUUGGAAACGCAUUUUAGGCAUCCUGUCAUGCUGAGAGAACGGUUUAAGGGAAAAACCGACGGACUUGCGUAUGAAAAAACCGUAAAUGAUCUGUUCGGGAAAGAGAGGUUUGUUAAAUUUGUUAAAAAAUGAUCGUCAUCGUUUUAUGAUUCAUUGUUAAGACUAUUUUUUUUACAAAUAAAAAAAAUAAUAAUAAUAAUUUUUGACUCAG